AUGGCGCCAUCAUCAAGAAAUUGUUUCCGUCAACUCUUUAUGACAAAUUACUCAAGUCGAAGGGAUGAUGGUGGCAGUGAACAGGAAGCCAAAUCCGAUGAAAGACUAGUACAACCUGGUAAUCGAUUUGAUCUUUUCAUCAUGCGAUUCUCACUCCUUCUUUUGGCAUCAACGCUGACUGCCUCUGUGGUUUCAGCCCAGAAGUAUGUAUUUGCACACGUUGUGAUGGGCAAUACUGCUCACCAUACUACCGACGACUGGGCAACCGAUAUAAAAACUGCUCAGGCUGCAGGCAUCGAUGCCUUUACACUCAACAUUGCCACUGGUGACUCAAACAUCCCAACACAGGUUGAAAAUGCCUUCAGUGCUGCUACAAAUCUCGGCAGUAGUUUCAAACUAUUCUUCUCUUUCGACUAUCUUGGUGGAAGCGGACCCUGGCCGGCUACAGGCUCGUCCUCGGUUGCAUCAUAUCUCAACAAAUAUGGGGUCAGUUCUGCAUACUUCAAGUACAACGGACAAAUCUUUGUAUCCACUUUUGAGGGAGUGAACAACGCCGGAGAUUGGACUCCCAGUGGCCCCAUCCGGAGCGCUGUUCAAAGUACUGCUGGCUCUAUCUACUUCGUCCCUGAUUACACGAGCUUGGGCCCUGAUGGGUUCAGCGCACAACUCAACAAUGUUCAGGGUGGUUUUAGUUGGGACAUGUGGCCAGCUGGACCAGUAAACAUGACGACUGUAAACGACCUUGCUUGGAAAAAUACUUUGGGUAGCAAGGCUUACAUGAUGGGUGUCUCCCCUUGGUUCUUCCACAGCGACGCAAACCCAAUUGCAUGGAUGUGGAGAGGUGACAAUCUUUGGUCUGAACGCUGGCAACAAGUUCUCGAAGUUCAGCCUCAAUUCGUCGAAAUUGUAACAUGGAACGAUUGGGGAGAGUCGUCAUACAUAGCGCCCCUGUUACAUGACGAGGAGGUGCCAGCAAACUCCCUCAAAUACGUCAAAAAUAUGCCGCAUUCUAACCUUCUCACCCUCUUGCCAUACUACAUAUCUCAGUAUAAAGGCAUCAAAUCUAAUGCCACUACCGACUCUAUGCAAUACUGGUACCGCACAUCUCCCGCCGCUGCUGGUUUAACAGGAGGUGUUCUUGGCAAUAAUCCGAAUCAAGGACAGAUAGAAUACAGUCCCAACACUCUCUGUGAAGACAAAGUAUUUUUCACAGCAUUAUUGCAAUCAGCUGCCGAUGUGCACGUGCAGAUUGGCGAAUCAUCAGUGACGAGUUACUCUGGAAAAGCUGGCUUGAACAGUUGGAGCCAUGGAUUUUCAGGACAGACUGGUAAUGUGACCUUCUCUAUUGUCCGAAAUUCGCAGACGGUCAAAUCUGAGAGCGGAACUGAGAUUACGGCGGAGAGUUCGGUGGUCGGCGGUCUUACAAAUUUCAAUGUUUGGGUAGGAGGUUUCUAG